CCAGAUAAAGUUAGACUUUAUGCAAAGAAGUAUAAGGACACCAUUGAUAAGUUAAACAUAAAGAGAAUCAAAUUACUUCGACAUUAUUAAACAAUGGGAGAGGAUAUAUAGGAAUGAAAAAUAUAUAUAAAUGAUUGUCACUUUUAUAGGAAUACAAUGUAUAAGUACUUGGAGCUUUAUCAUAGUGAUAAUGUUAACGAGUGUUUAAUUGGAAGCAACGGGGACAAUUGAUAUUGAUUUUGAAAUGUGAACAAAUCAACUAAUAUACCUAGUAGAAAAAAGAAAAAUGGCUACAGGUGGACAAAUUAAUACGGAUUUUCUUUCGGAUGAAACAUUUGAUAUAUUAUGUUCAAUGUGUAGAAAUCAAGGCUCGAACACUGAAGGUGAAAAAUACUGUGUAGAUUGUAAAGAUUAUUUCUGUGUUCGUUGUGUCAAAGUCCACAGUAAAGUGCCUUUAUGUGCUGGUCACAAGGUGUUGGAUAAGUCUCAAGUUAGACCAGGAACCAGCAAAGGUCUGCCGAGGGCACCAACAGAGAGAUGUGACAGACACAGUCAUAAACACAUUGAUAUGUACUGUUAGAACCACGAUAAGGUCGGCUGUUCUACAUGUAUGGCAAUUGAUCACAGAUCAUGCAAGGAUAUAUUCUACAUACCAGAAUUUAUCCAAAACAAGGCACACCAAGUUUCAUCCAGAGAAAUUCAAACAAAACUGAAAGAAUUAGCUACCACCCUUUCAAAACAAGCUGAUAGAUUUAAACAAGACAAACAAAGGUUGUUAAUGAGGAAAGCUGAAAUAUUGGCUGAUAUAAGAAAAUUCCGCCAAGAAAUCAAUGCCCAACUUGACAAGCUAGAAAAACGUUCUAUACUUGAUAUAGAAAAUAAAGUUAAAAGUCUUGAAGACAAGAUUGAAGAUUAUCAAAAAAUGCUACAAGAAAAUAAGUCCAGGGUUACAUCAGCUAUUGUAAAAUUAGCAUCUACAAAAACAAAUCAAUCUGAAGCGUUUGUUUCCAUGAAGAUGGGAGAAGAUGCUGCAAAUAUUGCCAACAAAUAUAUGGAGCAUGUUAAAAGGAAUAGUACAGUAGAAGUCAUACAGUAUGAUCCUGAUACAACAUUUUUUACGCAGCUAAAACAAAAGAAAACCCUGGGCACGUUAACAGAGAUUGUUGACAAUUUAAUACAGGUAAAAGGGAAAAAUUCAUAUAACAUAAAAGUUAAGUCUGAUAAACAAAAUUGUAAUAUCACCAGCGCCUGCUGUAUGAAAGAUGGUACAAUUAUUCUAGUUGAUAAGGAGAACAGCAAGCUUAAACGGGUACACAGUCAUGACUAUACUGUCACUGACUAUUGUGAUCUACGUGGAGUGCCUUAUCACGUGUGUAUGAUUAAUAACACACAGGUAGCGGUAACUCUUCCAUUACAAAAUAAAGUUCAUUUAAUUUCUCUAGAAAGAAUAAUGAAAACAAGAAACAAGAUAAACGUUAAUUUUGAGUGUAAAAGUAUUGGAUAUGCAAACAAUAAUUUAUAUAUUUCAGAUCGUUACACUGUAUAUAUGUAUUCAUUGUCUGGUAGGAAGCUUAAUCAGUUUAGAGAAGAUUUUUCAGGACAUAUGUUGUUCUCUGACAUACAGAGUCUAGCUGUUAGUAGGGAUGCUGCAAGGAUUUAUGUUGCUGAUUAUGGUCAUGGACUGAUAGUACUGGACAAAAAUGUUCAGGUUAUUACAUCAUUUAAUAAUGAACAAUUACUUGGGGGUAAAUUUUGUAAUCUUACUGAAGCAGGUAAUGUGCUGCUGUGUGGAUUUGGUUCUCCUUAUGCUUUAGAGUUUACAUCUGAUGGUGAGUUGAUAGGAGAGAUAAUAACAUCUGAUUCGGAGAAAAAUAGAAUUGAGUCAAUAUGUUGUAACCAACAAAUGUCUAAGAUGUAUAUAAGCAGAGAAAAAGCUGACAUCAUUGAAGUUUAUGAUAUCUAAUCAGUAUACCAAUUGAUUAACAAAAGAAAAAUAAACAUAUCUAUCAAAUAUGCCCUUCUCUCAAAAUUGUGACAAAGAGACAUAUUUUAUUUCAUUACGGGUGAUCAUUUCCAUUUGAAUUCUCAUUUUAGAAUGCAUCUGGUUCAAUUAUUAUUAAUUGUGUGAUAUUUCAAGAGUGAUGAAAAAACAUCAAAUUUAUUUUAAAAGAAAGAAAAACACG